CGAUUCGAGUUCUUGAAAUUUUCCGCGGAUGUCGAUAUUUGUCUUUUUCGCAUGACUCCGUCCUUAGAGUGUGUCGUGCGUUGUACUGUACGACCGAUACAACUACGAAUUUAUUGACAUUAGGUGUAGGUUGAUCGAAGUAUUUUUCUUUUGAUUCCUAUAUCAAAUAUUCUUGAUCGAAUAAACUGAUCAAAUUAAAUACAAUUAAAUUUAACGAGCUAGUAGCUUUUAUAGAGAUUUUCUUUCGAUAUCUCCGAGGUCAUAACCUAAAACCAAUCUGAAAACAGUAAAACAUUCGUACGAUUGUUUUGAAGUAAAUUUCUUUUCUCUUCUAAUACAAAUAUUACGUGAAUCGUAUGAAUCCGUAAACGUUUUCAACCAAACGGAAAUAAUUUCGAAGAAUUGAUAAAACAACGAAUAGAAAUAAAUUUCAUUUGUUGUAUCUUUUUGGUACACCGUUGAAGGUUAUGUUACAUACAUAUUAAGACGUGUAUGAAUUGAUAAUUUGCCCCACAAAACACAUAUUUUGAUGAGAAUGAGCUCGGAUCACGAUUGGGACGUAGAACAAUUCAAAACAGAGCACGAGUGCGACGAACAUUGGGAGCUUAGACGUAAAUUUCUGUUAGCCCAUAAACACAAAUUUCCAGAAGAUGAACUGGUUUGUUUGGCCCAAGUAUUUUUUAAUGUCGAAUUACUAGGCUGCAGAUAUCCCAAAGAAACAAUGCAGCUAAUAGCUGAAUUAGGUAAAGACAUUGUUGGGGAUUAUAGAGAAAAACAAAAAAAGAAAUUACAAAGAACAUUUGUUAAAGCUUCGGAUGCCGCUAGUUCAAAGGUUAAAGGACUCAAUGCCCCAAGGUCUACAAAUAAAAGAAAAACAAAAAGAAAAAGCACAAGACCAUCUAGCAACUCAAAAACUAACGAAUUACCUAUUAAACGGAUCGAGCUACAGGAUUUUCCGUUUGGCGAUAUCGUAUUGGUGGAAAGACCGGACGAUAUGCCACAAACCAUACUCACUUGUGCUGUAAAUGCAUCGGGGGGAAACUUAGAAUGGAAAUAUGAUACGAUAAACAAUUCUAUUAAAUGCAGCAUUUCACUCAAUUCAAUACCGUUGGCACAAGAGUGCGGUUCUACUCGAAAGCUGGCGAAGAAAGAAGCAUCCACUGUCGGAUUACGAGAACUUCGGAAACAUUAUUAUACGAUUAAAAUUAAGCAUAAUAUAAAUACAGAUGCCAUCGUGACUACGACAACGAUGAAAAAUACAUUGAAAGACGAUUCAAUAUCGGACGACAACAUUGGGAAGAAAUUAAUGAAGUUAAUGGGUUGGGCCGGCGGUGGUCUUGGCAAAUCGCAACAGGGAAUUACUGAACCUGUUACUAUUAAGCAACAAAUUAGUAGAGAGGGCCUGGGAUUAAAAUCCAAUAGCUAUAACACAAAUGAUUUACAAACGAAGUCUAGAGGUAUUAUUAGGAAGUAUCUCGCAGGUGAUAUGAGAGAAGAUCUAAUAUUUUCUGCUGAUUUUACCAAUGAAGAGCGGGCAACGAUCCAUCAGAUUGCACGACAACUGGGUGUGAAAUCUCACAGUUACGGCCCUAAAGCUCAACGAACAUUAGUGGUUUCUCGUAAAAUAGGCGUCCGAGAAUUGGUCGAAGAAUUAAGAGGUCUUGGGGGAGUCACAAACAAAUACGAAUUAAUCGAGCCAACCGAAAUGUAAAUGAAAUAGCAUAAUUAUUUUCUGAACAUCGCGUAAUUUCAGUACAAGCAUUUGCAGAUAUAAGUAAACGUACAUCAACAUUAUGAAAAUUAAACUGAAAUAUAUAUAUACACACAUAUAUAUAUAUAUGAUUCACGAUACAUUUUAUCUCAAUAUUGUUAUUAUCUACCAUGAUAUUUUGCAGCUUAAAACCAAUAUCUGAAUAAAAUAUUAUUUUACUAAAUAAAUAUACCCAGGAGAAUGUAAAUCGACUAAACAGUUGUAUAGUCUUAUGAUAGAAAAUUGCAACAUAUUGAAAAGUGUAUUGAUCAAAGAAUGAUUUUACGGAAGCGAAAAAGAAGAUUUCAUAGUAACGUAAAAAUGGUGUGGUCAGGUACAAUUUCAGUUCUCGUGAAAUAAAACUGAAGAAACGUUCACUUUAUUUAAUGAUCAAUCGCGCGCUAAAACUUAUCUUCCAAGAACAUUGUAUUUGUCAAUUAAUAGAAGUACAAAACUUUAAGAAGCAAAAUUCACUUACAAGUGUACGGUACGUCGCAGUUGCCGUAUAAUAAGAAUCUUUUUGGCAGUAGAACAAUUAGAAAUCGAGAAAAUAACAUAGACACGAACGGCGUGUGAUUUUUUUUCCAUUAUAAUUAUCACAUUGUUAAAAUCUUGAUAACUAAGAUGGUCAAUUGCGUUUUUUAUACGUAUACGUAUGAGCGCUGUUUACACUCCAUCGAGCGGCGACAAGAUCCGAUGCUUGUUCACGCUACAAAACAUUGUUCGAUAUUGUUUGCAAGGAAAAAUGCACGUUUCAAGUUUGUUUUGAUUUUAAUUUCGAUCGAAUCCUCUCGAAAUUCUGUAUUUGUUCCACGGUUUUUAUGGACGGAUCGCGUAGAUAUACUCUGUUACGUUGCAAUUAUUUCAUUCAUUGAUUAAAGAUAUCGAUCAAAGUCAGUUCAAACUGAAUACAUACUUUAAUCGUAUAGAUUCGAUUGAAUUUCGAUAACUACAAUUUUUGUUUACACAACGUAAUAUGUAAAGAAGGAUAAGCUUGCAUAAAUUAUUCUCUUAACCAGGGAUUUUAACCCUAAUCCAAACAGUUUCGUAGAAUAACCAGCUUAAUUAAUGCAUGAAGACGUGGUUAAUUUGGUUAACAAGCUCUUACAGCGAAUUACAAUGCUACGGUUAUCCACUCUUACGAAGUAAGUUGCUAAUUAAUUUACAAUGCAUCGCUUCCAACAGCAAUUGUCCGUGCAAACAGUUUAUUUACCCUGGAAAUAAACAAAUCGGUGUGUAACCAUGGUCACUAGAAGACUUUCCGAAUAGCACUUGUCUAGAACAGGGGUGAUGAAUUUUUCCGCCAAAAACCUCAAGAUUACCGCUACCACUAAAGCAAUUUAUAAUGGUACGAAUAUGUAUGUCCUAAUUAAAAGAAAAACUACAUUUUAAUAUAACCAUCAACAUGACGGAUUUCAAUAAAAUAUGUGCAAUCAAUGUCUGUAAAUUUAGCGUUAAUGAGAUUACGAUUAGGGUUAGGAGAUUGUUUGAAUCCCUGCUCUAAACAUCGUGUAUCAAAAAAUGAUUAGAUAGUACACCAUGAAACUUUAAGAUGUAAACAUUUUAUUGCAUUGAAUGCCAAGCCAAUUUUAUAACAAUUUUUCCAAGCUUUUCACGGUUUAUUUCACUUUGGUCGUGAAACGGUAUUUCGGAUCGUUAUUAUAUUCUGUAAUUUAGAAUUUUCAAACAUCUCAAUUUAAAUACUAUUCGUGAACGAAUUACGUAAGCAGUCAGCGCUUUAAAUCAGACAUAUACGAAUUUAAAUAUUAAAAACGAAGCGUUGCAUCGAAGGUCUGAAAGUGGAUUCGACCAUUUUAUCAUUCUUAGUAGUACAAAUCGUUUAAAAUCAAAAAACCACUUGAAUUAAAAACAUUAAUAGCGGUUACAAUCUAAAAUGGGCAGAACAGAUAUGUAAUCCCUUACACCAAAGUAUUCGAAUGUUCGUUCUCAAAUUUCGAGUGAAAUAUGUAUGUUAAACUGAAACAGAUGUAAAUGUUUACAUUCAGUCUAUCUAUAUCCAAGCGGUACUACUUUUAAGUCCGUGAAACAUUAUGAACGUAAUUUUUGCUAAUGUUAUUAGUAAGUUGCUGGACUUAAAAUAAUGCUAACUUGAAAAAUUACUAAAAAUAUUAUAACUUUCGAUAACCACAGAUAGUGAAUAUUUACUAGAUGAAGACGGAUUAAGUGUAAAUAUUGUUAAAACAUGUUGUUUUAGACCUUUCGGUUUAACAUAGAUAUUUCAUUUCUUAAAUGUAGUAAGUACAGGCAUUCGAAUACUUUUGUGUAGUUACGUGUGUAUGUACAUGGCUUACACACCCGUUCAUAAGUCACAGGACACUUAACGAAUGUGGAGUAAAAACAAAUUAACACUGUGAAGCAAUGUAAAUCAUAAAAUUAAACUAACGUUUUCUUAUUCGUUACAUUAUAAAGGAAAUUUAGUUUAUUUAUUUAGAAAGUGGUAACUUAAAAUGAAUGAAUGUAACAAAAAAAAAAAGAUAAUAAGGUAGCUUCAGAAAAUUUGAUCUCUGUAUCUUAGGUACAUUGUUCCAGACGAACAAAAUGUCCGGUGACUUAUGGACGGUAUUAUACAUGUGAUUCACAAACUCCUUAACACUAGAUCCAGCAAAGGAGUCAAAAUGAUAUAUAUUUUUCAAUAUUUUCCAUUGCUCUUGAUUGUCCAUAAAAAUACGCGACGCAUAUUUACCGGGGAAACGUAAUUUUCAGCCAUAACGCGUAUUCGUUUCGUAAACAAGUAAUUUCGAUUCCUUUGAUAGAAAGCGAGUGUACGCAAGUAGUCGGUUAGAUCCAGUGUUAAUAUCGUUCCGAUCUAAUUAGUAGACUGGUGAACGUGUCGAGCGUGGAUAGAAUUUUUGGAUUGUCUUUCGUUGGAAUGAUACAAAAUUGAUGCUAGAAUGUAUAGUAAAUCAGAAGUCAUGCAAUGUGGCGUGUAACGAGCAUCGAACAGCCCGGUCGCCCCAAAAGCGAUGGAAACAUUCACGCCUGCGCACAUGGGGGGGGGGUGGGUUCGUAUUUGGUUCGGAUCUAAAAUUCCAGUUACCAUCGGAGCGUUCUCUUAAAUGUAACGUCGAGAUUGUGGGGCAGAGGAGGGUCGAGUAGGAGGGAUAAAAAGGAUCAAGAUGCUCGUGAGCGGAGAUUCGGAGCGCCUUGAUCCCUUGAAAACGUUUCAUUCCUAAAGCUUACGCGACACUUUCCCUCGGAUUCUGUCCUCGGUCCAGGCCCUACUUUGGACCGUAAUUGACAUUUGGAGGGAACGUUUUACACACGUAUCAUCCUUUCUUUUCUCCACUUUUUUCAC